AUUUGCAUAUAUAAACCACAAGCAAGGUUAAGCGCCGCCUGUCAUGUCGGAGACUUGACGCUGUAUCUGCGUUGUGUGACUGAAACUGGCGUGAAUAUCGGAGAUUUCGUCAUUCUUUUUAACUUUAAUAGAUAAGAGAUUCUCCCUGUGCAUGAAGGCAUCUCGCUCAGCUUGAGGUCAUCUGAGGUCGUCGCCAUGGGAUCGCCGUAUGAUAAGGAGCCCUGCUGUGGCAUCUCCCUGCUCAAGUAUAUCUUGUUCAUCUUCAACUUUAUUCUCUUGCUGGGCGGAGCUGGAGUGACCGGCAUCGGGCUCUGGACCCUACUCAAGAAGUGGGAGUAUGCCAGCCUGCUGUGCGAUGACCUGUACACCAUCGCGACCUACGUCUUGAUCAUCACAGGCGGGGUCAUCAUCAUCAUCGCUGCCCUCGGAUGCUUCGGUGCCCAACAGGAGCAGAAAUGCUGCCUGCUCAUUUACUUUACGCUUCUGGUCAUCCUUUGUAUUGGAGAGCUUGUUGUCGGCAUUUAUGUGUACAUCUAUAGAGAAUACGUCAACACGGAAUUGGAGCGGUGUCUUAACGGCACACUGGUGGAUAACUACGGCAUGAAAGACCAGGAAGGCUUCUCACUGGCCUACGAUAAUCUCCAGAGAACGUUUCGUUGUUGCGGUGCAGCCGGUUAUGCGGACUACCAGCUAACCACAUGGAAAAUCAGUGGGGAAGCCGGUAACCUGAGCUCACCGGACAGCUGCUGUAAAUCGGAGAGCGGCUACUGCGCUGUGCGAGACCACCCCUCCAACAUCUAUCAUACUGGCUGUGUGGAUCGACUGACUGACUACUUCAGUGCACAUCUGGCCAUCAUAGGUGCAGUAUGCAUGGCAAUCGCAGGAGUGCAGAUUUUUGGACUGGUCUUCUCUAUGUGUCUCUACUGUCAUCUAAGAUACGAAGAGCAAGAACCCUACUAACCAACGUGCAAGCACUUUAGGCCAAAAAAGCAGGGUGGGUUAAAGCAACUGUGCGUAGCUAUUUUCAGAUGAUAGUCCACAGUGUUCAGUAGAUUUCACCGAAUGCAGAUGGGUCAUUUUAUAAAUAUUACACCUGAAAUCUUUGAUUUCCUAGUUUUGGAUGCACUGAGUUUACCCCAAACCCUGCCAGACGCAACACAGUGCAUCAGGUGGAAAAGUCUGGUGCACUUUGAUGCAUUCAGCUACCAACACCAGUGCAUAAACGGCCACUUCUGAAACAAUAGUCCUAUUGAACAAUGCCACAGUUGUAUCCUGCAGCGUUGGGUGACCACAGACUCUGAGGCAGUUUGGCCUUGAAGCUUUUGACCUGAUGGGUCUUGCUGCACUGGGCUGGCUUGUUUUAGACAAGUGUUGCAUGUUGCCGCGUUUGGCAAGGUCUCUAGCCAAAAUACACUGCAGGGUUAGGAUUAAUGCAGUCAUCCUCCAAGAGUGAUUAUGAAUAGCAAACUACCUGUCCAACAUGAUACUUAUGAUAUUUGUAUGGCAACUUACAAAGUAUCAAGUUAACAGGAACAGGAAAAAAAAAGUCAAACAUUGAACCUAAAAUUUAUAGAAUGACCCAGAUGUACAUAUCACAUCAGUGCAACAAGGUCGUAUCUCCUAAAAUGACAUAAACGCAAAACGCGAGUUUAAGAAUGUCGCUUAAAAUCGCACUUAAAAUAACCCGGAUGUACACACAAAGUUAAUGGACGUCGAGAUACUUGUUGCAUGGAGCGUAUUUGUGCGAGAUACGACCUUGUUGCAGAAUCGAGUUACAAGCUUGUUGCACUGACGCGACGAUAUGUUAGUAUGUUUCUCUUCUUAGAGUUAAGGUGGAACUGGGAAUGACUAUAAGCCUGCUGAUCGGGGGUAGUAGUAUAGACAGAGUGUCAGCAUUAUUUAAAUUCUUCUCUUUUUUUUCCAAACUGUUUUCAACAAGACGAGGCAGUCUUAGUGAAGCCGGUCCCAGAGGGCACACAAUUCAGGCGAUUCACAAUGCACUGCGCCACCAAGAGUUUGCCACGGAGAGUCCAUUUUUCAAUUUUACGGUCGACAAAACACGGCCCAUUUGAACAAGUAUCAGUAGACAACUUGAGCUAUUUUGUUAAGGAUUGGAGCAUAGCGUUCUGCCGCCUUACCAAAAACACCAUAUUGAUACAAAGAAAAGGAAAGGGCAAAGGUACUCAAAUAAUACGCUUACGAAACUACUGACCGAAAAAAAACCCGAACAAUUUCAAAUGUCCCGCGCUGUGAAUUUGUCGACCAUCUCCCACAAUGCACUGGGAAAAAUGAAUUCUCCGUGGCAAACUAUUGG